AUGACAAAAUCUACAGAGAGUCAAAUCCCGUCGAUUGGGCACCUCACCACGCUUGCGGCCUCCCUUAAAAUAUUCCUCAGUGACAACCCAAAUUUGCACCUUGGAGGUGACAUUGAUUUCCAUCAGGAGCGUCGACACCAUCUCGAGAUCCUUGGCUUUCACAAGCUGCCUAAGAACAAGCAAGCUCCGAUUGGGAAGCUCUUGUCUACAUGCACGGGCGGUGGUUACACGGUAGACUCGGUCGACGAGUUCGAGAACGGGCUGCGAUUAGUUGCCGAGCGGUCUGGUGUCGUCACUAUUGGCGUCGACUACCGCCUAGCGCCCGAACAUCACUUCCCAACGCAGCUCGACGAGUACUCCACCGUGGUGGACUGGGUCCAAGGCCAGGGAGGCUCAGAGCGUGGCAUCUCCCCCGACCUCGUCUUUGGGGGCGGCGAUUCAGCCGGCGGAAAUAUGACCGCGGCCCUGUCCCUGCGCCGGCGGGACCAGGGCUUGAAGGCUCUCGCUGGACAGAUCCUGCUUUAUCCGGAGGCACGCCUUCCUUUCGACACACCCGCGGCUGUGGAAAACAACACGGGUUACUAUCUGGAGUGCAACGGCAUCUUCAGCUUUGGGGAUCACUACCUCCCCAAGGCACCUGAAGAGACGGUUGCCCCAAGCUACGAGUACGGACAUAAACUGCAGCAGGCGGGCGUUGAUAUCAAAUGGCACCACUACCCUGAGCUCACCCACGGGUUUCUCCAGUUGGCCCCAUGGAGUGAGGAGGCCUUGAAGGCCACGAAUGAUACAGCUUCAACUGAUCUACCGCAACUGAACAAAGCAGCCAUGAAGCUCAGCAACAUGUCAACCUACCUUUUCCUUACUUUCAUGGUCAGCGUUGCGGCCAUGGACCUUGACCCGAAGUCCGCCGCGUUUGCCUUCAAGCAUCUCAAUAUCACUUUGGCCCCAGACGCGAUCGACACUCUUCAACUCCACGGCCUGUGGGUUCCCAGCGCUGCGGGCCUCAACGGUCUCGAGCCCAUGUUUGGCGACAGCUACAAUGCGACCCUUGAGAACGAGAAGUUUGAGGCGUCCGGCCUCGACAUCAACGACCUAGUCCAUCUCGGUGUCAUCGAUGACAACAGCAGCAUGGACGUCGUUGGCGACGAGACUGGCAUUGCCAACAUUGAUGUCUGCAGCCCGUGA